CACCAAUCAUAGCCCAGCAUCCAUGCUGUCCAAUCAGAGCGCGGCCUGGUGAUGUCAUGCAGCAGCUGUGGUGUGGUGCUGAUGCUGCUGAGCUGCAGAUCUUCAGAGGACAGAGACCAGAGCGGCGAGGCUGCAGGGAACAGGUUCUACCUCACCACAGUGUCUUUGACUGAGAGCAACAGGAAGAUGACCCUCAGAGCCUACAGAGAGAAGAUGCGAGAGCUCCCCCUGGUGUCCGUUUUCUGCUCCUGCAUCUUUGCAGAACCCAGGGAACAAACAGCAAACAAGAAGGAAGGUGUGGUGGACUUGAAUCUGUGCAACAUCCGGGACAUGGAGGUGAUCGAGCUGAGCAAGCGAGCGAGCGGCCAGGCCUUUGAGGUCAUUCUGAAGCCGCCCACCUUCGAUGGCGCCCCCGAGCUGAGGGCCACCACACCUCCUCGUCAGAAACCAUCACUGGAGGAGAUCCAGAAGAAGCUGGACGCCGCUCAGGAAAGGAGGAAGUGUCACGAGGCGGAGCUGCUGAAGCAUCUGGCUGAGAGGAGGGAGCAUGAACGGGAAGUUGCUCAGAAAGCUUUGACCAAAGAGCGCCAGGAGCAUCGCAUCAACACCAAGCAGGCAGUGAUGCACCUGAACGCAUCGCAGGAGAAGGAGGACAAACACAGUGUGGAGGUGUCAUGAUGGCCUGAUCACAACACAAGCUGAACUUUAUUCAGAUGCCGAUUUUGAGGGCAGUUUACCCGACUGACGAGCUGGGAAACCGACGCUGCUAACACUGGAAGCGUGACUGGAAGGGGUCAGAGCAGAACCAGAUAGAGUGGAGGACUGCUCCACCAGGACUCUGAAGAGAUGAACUUCUCAAUUUGAGAACCGCAGCAGAUUAAGCCAUCACUGGGUGGUUUUUCUGUGGCUUUUCUGUGCUUUGUUGCCAUGCCAACAGUGCCAAUGCCUUCACGUAUGACUGUGACUGAACAUGCAUCAACAAGAACCCAACACAUCUCGAAGGAAUCAGCAGCGCUGCCUGAGACUCUGGUGAAGAACAGAAGUUUUCUCACGCCCACCCAGACUUUCAUGUAUCAGUUUCAGAUGUUUCAGAUGAAAUUGAAAACACUGCUGUUCAAAUUCUGAUGAGUGGAACCGAACACGGAUUCAAAGAGGUUAAAAACCUCCAAGAACAAAGAAAAGAACAUUCCCAUUUUCCUUAACACAGCAGAACAUGACCGAGGGCAUCUGAAUCCGAGUCCGAGUGAAAGUAAGGCGGUGGUUCUGGUCCAGUCUGGGUUCAGGAUCUGCAGUUCUGUAGGUUUAGAGAAUCUCUGCAGAUGUGGCUUUCUCCUCUGCUUCUGCAGAAGGUCAGGAGAUGCUCCUGACUUCAGAUUGGCUGGUCUGUCUCCUGUUGCCUGGCAACUACAGCCUGCAGAUUCUGUUAGCUUAACAUUAUAUUCAGAGAUUAGUCCUAAAAAACCAAAGAGAUGAGGUGUGGGACAGAGACCCGAGUCAGACAUCAGCAACUAGUCGCCCAACAGAGACCCGAGUCACAGACAUCAGCAACUAGUCGCCCAACAGAGACCCGAGUCACAGACAUCAGCAACUAGUCGCCCAACAGAGACCCGAGUCACAGACAUCAGCAACUAGUCACUCAACAGAGACCCGAGUCACAGACAUCAGCAACUAGUCGCCCAACAGAGACCCGAGUCACAGACAUCAGCAACUAGUCGCCCAACAGAGACCCGAGUCACAGACAUCAGCAACUAGUCGCCCAACAGAGACCCGAGUCACAGACAUCAGCAACUAGUCGCCCAACAGAGACCCGAGUCACAGACAUCAGCAACUAGUCGCCCAACAGAGACCCGAGUCACAGACAUCAGCAACUAGUCGCCCAACAGAGACCCGAGUCACAGACAUCAGCAACUAGUCGCCCAACAGAGACCCGAGUCACAGACAUCAGCAACUAGUCGCCCAACAGAGACCCGAGUCACAGACAUCAGCAACUAGUCGCCCAACAGAGACCCGAGUCACAGACAUCAGCAACUAGUCGCCCAACAGAGACCCGAGUCACAGACAUCAGCAACUAGUCGCCCAACAGAGACCCGAGUCACAGACAUCAGCAACUAGUCGCCCAACAGAGACCCGAGUCACAGACAUCAGCAACUAGUCGCCCAACAGAGACCCGAGUCACAGACAUCAGCAACUAGUCGCCCAACAGAGACCCGAGUCACAGACAUCAGCAACUAGUCGCCCAACAGAGACCCGAGUCACAGACAUCAGCAACUAGUCGCCCAACAGAGACCCGAGUCACAGACAUCAGCAACUAGUCGCCCAACAGAGACCCGAGUCACAGACAUCAGCAACUAGUCGCCCAACAGAGACCCGAGUCACAGACAUCAGCAACUAGUCGCCCAACAGAGACCCGAGUCACAGACAUCAGCAACUAGUCGCCCAACAGAGACCCGAGUCACAGACAUCAGCAACUAGUCGCCCAACAGAGACCCGAGUCACAGACAUCAGCAACUAGUCGCCCAACAGAGACCCGAGUCACAGACAUCAGCAACUAGUCGCCCAACAGAGACCCGAGUCACAGACAUCAGCAACUAGUCGCCCAACAGAGACCCGAGUCACAGACAUCAGCAACUAGUCGCCCAACAGAGACCCGAGUCACAGACAUCAGCAACUAGUCGCCCAACAGAGACCCGAGUCACAGACAUCAGCAACUAGUCGCCCAACAGAGACCCGAGUCACAGACAUCAGCAACUAGUCGCCCAACAGAGACCCGAGUCACAGACAUCAGCAACUAGUCGCCCAACAGAGACCCGAGUCACAGACAUCAGCAACUAGUCGCCCAACAGAGACCCGAGUCACAGACAUCAGCAACUAGUCGCCUCAACAGAGACCCGAGUCACAGACAUCAGCAACUAGUCGCCCAACAGAGACCCGAGUCACAGACAUCAGCAACUAGUCGCCCAACAGAGACCCGAGUCACAGACAUCAGCAACUAGUCGCCCAACAGAGACCCGAGUCACAGACAUCAGCAACUAGUCGCCCAACAGAGACCCGAGUCACAGACAUCAGCAACUAGUCGCCCAACAGAGACCCGAGUCACAGACAUCAGCAACUAGUCGCCCAACAGAGACCCGAGUCACAGACAUCAGCAACUAGUCGCCCAACAGAGACCCGAGUCACAGACAUCAGCAACUAGUCGCCCAACAGAGACCCGAGUCACAGACAUCAGCAACUAGUCGCCCAACAGAGACCCGAGUCACAGACAUCAGCAACUAGUCGCCCAACAGAGACCCGAGUCACAGACAUCAGCAACUAGUCGCCCAACAGAGACCCGAGUCACAGACAUCAGCAACUAGUCGCCCAACAGAGACCCGAGUCACAGACAUCAGCAACUAGUCGCCCAACAGAGACCCGAGUCACAGACAUCAGCAACUAGUCGCCCAACAGAGACCCGAGUCACAGACAUCAGCAACUAGUCGCCCAACAGAGACCCGAGUCACAGACAUCAGCAACUAGUCGCCCAACAGAGACCCGAGUCACAGACAUCAGCAACUAGUCGCCCAACAGAGACCCGAGUCACAGACAUCAGCAACUAGUCGCCCAACAGAGACCCGAGUCACAGACAUCAGCAACUAGUCGCCCAACAGAGACCCGAGUCACAGACAUCAGCAACUAGUCGCCCAACAGAGACCCGAGUCACAGACAUCAGCAACUAGUCGCCCAACAGAGACCCGAGUCACAGACAUCAGCAACUAGUCGCCCAACAGAGACCCGAGUCACAGACAUCAGCAACUAGUCGCCCAACAGAGACCCGAGUCACAGACAUCAGCAACUAGUCGCCCAACAGAGACCCGAGUCACAGACAUCAGCAACUAG